AUGGAAAAAAUCACCACACCUGAGGGCCAAGGAGCUGUAAUGCCCACAACUCAGGCAACAGCAACCAUGGGAGCCCCACCAGCCGACGAUGUGGAUCGAAACCACUUCCCAACCAGGCUUCAUAUCAUGAUUUCCACGUUGGAGAGUGACAAUGCCGGAUUGUCCAAUGUCGUGACAUGGCAACCUCAUGGGCAUGUUUUUAUGAUCCGCGACACUGAACUGUUCGUCCAGCAGGUCCUCCCAAAGUGGUUCUGCAGACUCAAGUAUACAUCCUUUCAGAGACAACUCUGCUUGUACGGGUUCCGAAAGCUGAGCAAGAAAGGACCUGAUCAAGGAGGUUACUACCACCUUAGCUUUAUCCGCGACAGGGUGGACCUGGCCGCAACUAUUCAGCCGGGGAAGAUCAAGGGGAAGAGGGGCCGAAGACCCAAGAGUGACGAGAGCGAACCUGACUUUUACAAGAUGGACAGUCUCACGGAGACCGGACAGCCUCUUGAGGAGGCAAAGCUUGCCUCGCCUUCUAGGUCUUCUACACGUCCUGGGACUGCUUCAGCAAGCACUAUGGCUAUCAGGAGCGUGGAAGAAUCCAAGGCUGACAGAGAGAGACUGGAACGGGCAGGUCUGGACUACAUCUUUGCCACUGCAGGAGCCAAGGAAGACUCCCCCGAACAGAUGACGCUGGAAACCCUCCUCCAGCAACCUUCCUACCAGGAUGAGCUCUAUGCAGAAAGCAGACAACCGCAGCUGCGGCAGUCUGGGCUUCUCAUUUCUGCCCCUCAAGACGCGACGCAAUGGCCUUCCGUGCCUACAGGCCUGCAGCAAACACUGGCGGAAGAGUCUCACCCCAUCUCGUACGCCCAGACCCCAGCCCCUAGCGUGGAUGCAGUGGGUAUCCAGCAAGACUUGUACGCCUUGCCGCAAAGCAUGACCAAUACGGCUCCUGCCUCUUUGAGUACCCAUGCCGCUUUGGGGCGAGUCAGUGCUUCUCCAGCCCCGGGGCCGUCCGCAGCUGCUGCUAGACGAAUGAGCGACUUUUCGGUUUCCGAGGGUGCCCCUACGUGGGGAUGGGAUUCCUUCUCUGCAGCUGCAGAGGAAACCACUGCCACCGGGGCUGCGGUUGCUUCGAUCCUCGAACAAGCUCAAGCGCAAGCACCGCCAAGUAUUACCGGCUUUGGCGGGGGGCUAAUGGCGGGCAGCGGGUAUGCUCAAUCUCUGGAAAUUCAAGCCCAAACAGAGCAGCAACUUCAGCGCAUCCUCGAGGAGCAACGUCUGAAGGACCUGAUGGAUCUGAACCAAAAGCAACAGAGCAAUCUCAGGAUCCAGCAAGAGCAGCUGGAACAGCAGCGAUUGGAGUUGCAAAUGAGAGAUCAGGAACAGCUGGAACACCUCCGCAUGGAACUUCGAGCUCGAGAAGAACAGCAGAGACGUGAGAUGCUCCUGCAACACCAACACCAGCAGCAACAACAACAGCGACAACAACAGCAGCAGCGACAACAGCAACAAGGCGCCCGAUUACUCGUGGAACCCCUUCCCCGACCUCCUCCUCUCUUCAAGCCUCAAAACCAGUCACAGCGUGUUGCAGGACGCUCCUCGAGUCUCGGUCAGAUUCGCAUGCCACCGCUAACAGGGCUGCAACAGCAAUCUCAAUCCUUGCCCUCCUCAACCACUGGAUCUCCACAACAUACAACGCGACGGGCGCCGCAGAGUCCAAGCAGUAAGGGACCAUACUAA